AUGUUCAACAUUGACUGUUGCGGCGUUUGGGACGCUUCGUUCGAGAUCAAUGGCGACAAACUCAUAUGGAAGGCCGGAAUCCACCCUGCCAUCAUCUUUUUCAAUUUUCUUCUUCCUGCAGAUCAUAUGACCGACAAUAUCCUACCUCUUCUUGAAGCACGUCUUCUGCUUGGUGGCAUCCCAUUCCAGGUAGCCGCAGCUCUCUGCGAAGAGUAUCGAGACGCUAGGGAAUUUCUGGCUCCCAUGUACGCUGCGGACAUGGCGUAUUUUAUCGUUUUCCUGACCCGCAAACGGCCUGAUCUCAAGCCCUUCGAAGUAUCAUGGUGUGCAGCGCAUGCAAUUGUACAGAUAAAUCUCCCAACGUGUGAGAAGUACAGAAAGAUACCUGAGACGAUUCGUAGGAGAAUCAAACGAGACGCGAUACUAGCAUUUCGACAUAUACUGCACAAUCCGACGUUCACGUUUGUUGGUCCCUUACUUGGUCAUGCGCUCAGGGCGCUCGAGGUCUACAUCCAACCUCUGGUCACUGACUCCAAUCCAUUCGUCUGGGUUGAUGCUCAGUUCUUACACGACCUAAACGACAUACACGAACUGAGCGUGGAUGGCGCGAAAGCCCGAAAAACUCUAUUCGAUUACUUACAAGACAGGCAUCCUGGGGUGAAGACUUUGUGGCAUAGCCUCGUUCAGGCAUACAACACUUACGAUGUAGCUCACUUUCCUGAGUACAGUACUCAGCCAAUGUCAAAGCCGAGUCUCAUUCUGUGGGAACUAUUCUUCAGGCAAGCUCGGCAGGAUGUGCCAUACGAGUACCCACAGACGCGACCAUCAGCCUUGAAGCGGAAAAAUAAUUCUUCAAUAUUAGAAGCCUCGUUCAACGAAGUCGAGCAAAAGAGUUCGAAGAAUAAAAAGAAGAAACCGAAAGGGGGGAAAGUUGUGGAGCUGGUAGGAGAUUCGGACGUACCAGAGCAACCCGCAUCUCAGAUUCAAGCUGCUGCAGACAAUGUCAGGAUACUUCCGCCCUUGCCAACAGUGCAAGAGCCGCCAGGGAAGAGCGAGCAGAAACAGUCGAAGAAGGACAAGAAAAAGAUGAAGAAGAAGCUAAAGAAACUUGAAGCUCUUGAGCGGACCAAAUCGUCCGCCGCGAAGGAGUGCCAGCCAUCAGUCAUAGACGACGACGGCAGCAACGGCGGCAAUGUCACUGGCAACAAGGACGACAGUGGCGAUAGUGUCGUUGGCAACAACGAUGGCGAUAGCAUUAUUGGUAGCAACACCAACGGCGACAGUGAUGUUUGCUUGACACCAGCUGAAGAUCUCGCCGAUGAAGCGUCAGUCAACGGAGAUCCCGCCCAGGAAGACUCAAUCGACGAAGAGCCCGCAACACAAAACAGCAAAGUAUCCGCAGCAAACGUGUACGCCGGAAUAUUAGCUGAGAAGCGGACACUUCAUGACAGCAGUGGGGAAAAUGAAGAUGCUGUAGAAGAGGAUUACGUGGAGGAUUCGGAUGGUUGGCGAAAAGUCGAAGUGCGCAUGAAACCGCAGCAUAAGCAGAAGAAACACAAGGACGAUCGCGAUAUCAGCAAAGAUGUACCCAGAGCAACAGACUCUGUGCCCACCGGUGCGAAGUCACUGCCGGCUAAAGCAAAAGCGUCUGUACCAUCAGCCAAGUUAUUGGCGAACGAGGCAAAAUCACGACCAGCGAAAACGAAAGCUCCAGUACCGUGUCAGGUCAUCUUCGAGUCAAGAAAGCACAACAACAACAUGGCUAGGGAUCAACCUACGUCAUGGUCAGCGCUGUUCGAGGGAUCUCGAGACGAAAGGAGGCACGCCUCCUCGCAGAACUCCAAUUCACCUACGAAUACUGCGGACGCACAAUUUCUUGCAACGACUGGCACGGAGAGCCAAGAGUCUCUCCAGAAAGACUUUUCACCUCUGGAUCGUAGCUCACUUAUACAAUCGGAAACUUCGAUGGGUGAAGAGAUGUCGAAGAGUUCUGCCGCCUAUAGCACGACCGCGCUGCUACCCCCAGGAGAUGACGUGCCAGUCGAUCCGCCAGCUGUGCGAGAGACCAACAUGUUGCAUGUAGAGCAAUGGCUCACGAGCAAAUAUGCGUCUGCUUUCGUUGGGCUCACACAAGCGGAAAUAGAGAACACACACUGGCGACCUGAGCAGUCGAACGUAACUGUAGUAACAGAACGCUUGAAAGGGUAG